GAUUUUUUUAUUUUUAUUCCCUAUUGGCUAUUUCCCCACUUGCUUUUUUCUAAAACUCACCCCUGCGAGCUGUAUAUUUACGUUUCAAAUGGAAGUUGAAUUAAUUUCUCCGGCGGGGAUGGUUCUGAGGAAUCCGUUGGUUGUUCGAUGGAUUCUGGGGUUUUGGUGUGUCGGAUUUCUGCGACUCUGCGAGUCGCAGUUUGUGCCUCAGGAGGAAGUGGAUGCACUCGAACAGAUUGCAAAGAAAAUGGGUGCAACUUACUGGGAGUUUGAUGCUCAAGAAUGUGAAAUUGUGACUGUUGGUCUUUCACCGAUUACUCCGAGUGCAUCUGAGGGUUAUGUCGAAUGUAAUUGCAACUAUAACAACAACACUGUCUGCCAUGUCACAAAAAUUGUUCUUAAAAGUCUCAAUCUGCCGGGAGUUCUUCCUCCGGAUAUUGUAAAGCUUCCAUACCUCGUAGAUAUUGAUUUUGCCUACAACCUUCUUACCGGCACAUUUCCGGAAGAAUGGGCUUCAAUGCAACUGAAUUUUACCUCUGUUCUUGUGAACCGUUUGUCGGGGCCAAUACCAACACACUUGGCAAACAUUACAAGCCUUACAUAUAUGAAUCUCGAGGGAAAUCAAUUUUCAGGCACUAUUCCUCCCGAGCUAGGGACGCUACCUAAUUUGAAGACUCUGAUUUUGUCCUCCAAUCAGCUAAUAGGGGAACUGCCGGAAACAUUUUCGAAUUUAACAAACUUAAUUGACUUUAGGGUAAGUGACAACAAUUUAAGUGGACGAAUUCCCGACUUCAUUCAGAACUGGAGACAGCUCAACAAACUAGAAAUGUUUGCAAGCGGACUAGAGGGGCCUAUUCCAGCUAAUAUAUCCUUAUUGGAUUUGUUAGUUCAUCUGAGAAUUAGUGAUCUAAAAGGGCCGGCCCAAAGGUUUCCGUUGCUGAGGAGUGCUACGGGACUGCAAACAUUGAUUUUGAGAAACUGCAACAUUUCUGGAGGAAUCCCUACGUACGUUUGGAGAAUGAGGUUUCUUGAAAUGUUGGAUGUCAGUUUCAACAGGUUAGAUGGCGAAAUCCCGAAUCACAUUGCAAGGAAACUAAAACAAGUAUUCUUGACCGGAAACAUGAUGAGUGGGAAAUUACCUACAACACUCUUGAAGGAUGGGAGCAAUAUCGACCUUUCCUACAACAAUUUCACUCUGCAAGGCCCCGACGACCUUGCUUGUGAAUCCAACAUGAAUCGGCAUGUGAACCUAUACAAAGGCACAUCAACGGUAAACAAAUUGCAUCGAAUCCUUCCGUGUGCUAAGGAUGUAGUGUGCCCAGAAUAUAAAUGCUCUUUGCGUGUUAAUUGUGGUGGCGACGAUCUCACUACUAAAGAAAGCAAUAGGAGAGUUAUAUAUGAAGGAGAUGUUGGAGGCGACGUGGCGAGAUAUUUAAGCCAUAAUUCUUGGGGAUUUAUGAGCACCGGUGACUUCCUAGAUGAGCCUAUUUACCAAUAUUCACGUUUAAUCAAAGUUACACCGACUGCAAAUGUUUCCACAUUGUACAGCACGGCUCGGCUCAGCCCUCUUUCGCUAACGUAUUUUCAUUACUGCUUGGAGAACGGGAGUUACAACGUGAGUCUCCACUUCGCCGAAAUACUUUUCACGAAUGACGACAAGUAUUUCAGCCUUGGAAGGCGGACAUUCGAUAUAUACGUCCAGGAUAAACUAGUUUGGGAAAAAUUCGACAUUGAAGAAGAAGCUGGUGCAGCUCAAACACCUGUGGUUAGACAUUUUAACUCAACGGUGACAGAUGGUACGUUGGAGAUCCGAUUUUACUGGACUAGUAAAGGCACCACGCGCAUUCCCAAUCGAGGAGAUUACGGAUCUCUUAUAUCAGCUAUUUCAGUGAAUCCAAAUUUUAAAGUUUGUUCGGAUGGCAGCAAUAAGAAUGUGAUUCGAUACGUAGUACCUGCAGUUUUGGUGGUGUUCAUUAUGUUCUUGGCAUUCAUUAUUCUUUGGUGGAAAGGAUGUUUAAGACGCAGGAAACAUAUCGAUAAAGAACUCGAAGGGCUAGAAUUUCAAACAGUUGCGUUUUCUCUGAAACAAAUCCGAGCAGCUACUAGCAACUUCGACGCCGCAAAUAAAAUUGGAGAAGGCGGUUUUGGUAUCGUAUACAAGGGCAAACUACCCGACGGCACAGUAAUUGCUGUGAAGCAGCUCUCGUCGCAAUCAAGACAGGGGAAUCGCGAGUUCUUGAAUGAGAUCGGCAUGAUUUCUUGCCUGCAGCACCCGAAUCUAGUGAAGCUGUACGGAUGCUGCAUCGAAGGGAAUCAGCUGUUGGUGGUUUACGAGUAUAUGGAAAACAAUAGCCUUGCUCGAGCCUUGUUCGAUUCGAAUGAAAGCCAGUUGAUGCUAGAAUGGUCGACUAGGUUCCAAAUAUGCAUCGGCAUUGCAAAAGGAUUAGCUUUCCUCCACAACGAGUCGAGGCUGAAAAUUGUUCAUCGCGACAUCAAGGCGACGAAUGUGCUGCUGGAUAAAGAUCUUACCCCAAAAAUAUCGGAUUUCGGAUUGGCUAGACUUCAUGAAGACGAGAAAACGCAUAUCAGCACCAAAAUUGCUGGAACAAUAGGAUAUAUGGCGCCGGAAUACGCAUUGUGGGGUUAUCUUACGGACAAAGCCGACGUCUACAGUUAUGGCGUCGUGAUCCUUGAAAUCGUGAGCGGGAAGAGUAACAACAAUUACAUGCCGAGCCGGAACUUUGUCUGCCUUCUCGAUUGGGCGAGUCAUUUGCAAGAAAGCAAGGACAUUGAUGAGCUCAUCGACAAUAGGAUGGGCGAUGGAGUCGAUCGGAAAGAAGCAGAAAGAACGGUGAGAGUGGCGCUGCUCUGCACGAAUGUAACGCCGUCCAUCCGGCCGACAAUGUCGGAGGUGGUCGGAAUGCUGGAGGGGACAAUGGCGAUCCCUGAGAAGGUACCUGAGGGAAGCGCGAGCACGAAGGAUGUGAGGUUCAAAGCGAUGAGGGACUUCCAUGGAGAGAGGCAGAAGCAGAAUUCCACCACCAUUCCUACCUAUGCAGGCUUUGAGAUCAGUAAGGAUACGAUGUCGUUUUGAUUAG